AUGCCUACAACAGCACAAGAGUACGGCGCGGCGGAGUUCCCGAACCCACACCCCCAGCCCAAGGAAGUGAUAGCCACACGAGAGAGACAAGGACUCCGAGGAUACUGGCAGGGACAGCCACGGCACACUGAGGACUACGAAGUCAAGUAUUUAGAGGAAAAUCGAGGGAGGCAAGUAAAAAUAUGCGAAAGGGAGACCACGCAUGUUCAGGAUAGAGAAUAUCGUCGAGACACAAUGUUCAGUGGUAUUCGUGAAAUACAGAAGCGGAGGCGUAAGGAUGAACAUGGUAUUGAGGGCACUUGCACCUGUGAACUGUGACCACACACAAUGGUAAGCAACGAUCAAACAAUUGACGAGAAAGGAAUGACAAACGCGAUGUAUUUUAGAAUGCGGCAAAGAAUAAGAGUACCGUGGGUAAAAAGGGCACACUACACACCCUGAGGAUGAUCAAUGAAGCUUGAAGCACCACGUAGGAUUCGAGUACGAAGAAAAUGGAAGUGGGACAAAGCGCAAGUGCAAGAGAGGAGAGCUCCAGGAGUGGGGAGGAAGGCGAAGACCGGUAGGGAGACGACGAAGAGGAAGAAAGAGAAGGCAAAAAAUGGAGAAACAUAAAGUAGGUACGAAGGAAGCAAGCAGGAGAAGCGCACGGAAAGAUAAUGAGGAGAGAGAAAAGUGGACGAGAAGUGAAGCGGAAAACAACGGACAAGGACACGGACGAA